CCGCAGUGAGGGCAGUUGUCAGGCUGUUCCCCUCUUCUGCUCUCUGAAUUGACAUAGCCAAGUCCAUUUCUGUUAUUGCUAUUUGUCAAAGGAGAAACAUCCAGGGACAUUCUUUGUGCAGGACAAAACCAGAAGCUGGUCAAUAGAAAAGCGCUGAGAGUUUGUGUCAAAGGAAGAUAAAAUUUGCUACAUCCUAAGUAAUUCCAGCAUGUUGUCAAUAAAGUAUAUUACUCCGGUGUCUAAGAACCUUAACCACGGACAUGUUCCCCAUUAGAUCAGACAAUGGGCAAACGUGGAACAAACAAAUAGGUUGCUACUUGUCUCAAAUAAGUCUCAGCCUUAACCAAAACCAUUUUAGCAUCCAAGAUAAGAGACUGAAGAUGGAUGAAGAAGACUGCACCUGGAAACUAACAGCCAACACUGAUCAUGUUUACUUGGUAGAUGUGUUAGCAGGAGAUCCAAAGUUUCUGCAAGCAGAUGCUGAAACAUAUUAUGAGAAACUCUUGAAGAAAUCAUCUACUCCUGACAUUUUUUCCAUCCCUGGAGGAAAAAAGGUUAAACUUCAAGAUUCCUGUGUAUGUUUCGUCCCUCUCUACCGAAAUAACCCUACUUGCAAAAUUUUGCUGUUAACUGAUCCACAGGAUAAAGAGACAGUUCUGGCAGUUUAUUUGAACCAGUCUUGGUGGCCUAUUGAAGAUGUAGUAAAGACAGCUGAUCCUUCUAGAGAUGGGCUGAUUUCGGUUGAGACAUUUGGAGAAAGGAUUGUCCUCUUUGUUCUGAACUACAUUAUUUUUGGAAUGCUGGAAGGGAGUUCAGCUAAUGAUGCAUUCUUUCUACCUCACUCUGCCACUGAGUGUGCCAAGAUACUCUGGAGAGAUGGUGAGGCUGUUGCCUUUUAUACAGUCAAGAUGAAAGGGAGCCUUUGUGAUGGUACUACCAGUCAGUGUUAUUUGCUGCCAGUUUUGGAUACUAUAUUUGUCCAGAGAAAGUACAGAAGAGGUGGCCUAGGGAUGAAAAUGCUACAUGAUUUCUGUCAGUCUUUUGUGGCUGAGGAUGCCUUAGGGAUCAGCUGCCCUAUUUCUGCUGCCAUGUAUCAAGUUUGCCAGAAAUUCUUGCAGACUUAUCCUGAGGAGCAGAAGCGACUGUGGGAGGUGGAAGCACCAGGAGACUGGAGCCAACGAGUGAAUAUCUGGUUAAAAAUUCAGAUGGAGUCAGCCCUUUCAGAAACUGCUCACCUUAUUUCUCCAGAGGAUGAAGAGGGCUCUCGGAUGGCAUAUGCUCGAAGCAGUAAACCCUGACAAUCGGAUGCAGACCAGAUGAAUAAGGGCAUUGAACACAUUUCUGAUGUUGGGAAAGUGGCAGGAGAUGCCAGAGAAAAUAAAGAUGACACAGCAGUAGCAGCAAGGAUUCUAAACCCACAGGGUCCUGAACAAGAGGACUUGGAACAAGGUGCAGACGAUACUCAGCAAUGCAAAGAAUUCAAAAAAAGAGCAGGCCCUGGCGGCUUAGUUGGAGAUAAGGCCAGCAAACAACUCAGAAUUAUGCCAUAACUCCACUCUCAAAAAAGAGCAAAAUCACUGUGUGGUCUUAAAAAAUUAUAACUGACUGUUCAUGAUUUUUAACACCAGAGAGAUUUCUUCAGGUAAGAUAUAAUUUUUUUGCAAGGCACAUGUUCUCCAUCUUGUGUGCUGUUUUAAAUAAAGCUCUUGUUUGUUAA